GCCCAAUGCCGGAAUUGCAUGUCUGUCAAAUAGGAAGUUAGUACGCUUGCUACUAGCUGGCUAAUUUUCUAAAAGGUAAACAAGUGUGUCGGAUGAGUUGAGAUUAAACUUCGACUAAAAUUAACUUUGCGCCAUGAAAGAAGACAAAGAAAACACCCGACCAAGAGAGAAAAGAGUGGACAUAAAAUGCGAAGAUCUAGAAAAGACAGAGAAGUCUAAAGAAAAAAAGGAAGCCAUGACAAAGAUUGUGAUCAGACGAUUACCACCCACGUUGACCAAAGAAGAGUUAGAGGAACAGUUGCAACCCCUCCCAGAGGUUGACUACCUGGAGUUUUUCUCCAAUGACACCAGCCUUUACCCACACCUCUUUGCAAGAGCUUACAUUAACUUCAGAAACGAAGAAGAUGUGGUCCUCUUCAGGGAUCGCUUUGAUGGCUACGUGUUUGUUGACGGCAAAGGUCAAGAAUUUCCUGCGAUUGUGGAGUUUGCACCUUUUCAAAAGACUGCCAAGAAAAGAAUAAAGAAGAAGGACUCAAAGUGUGGCACAAUUGCAGAAGAUCCAGAUUACAAAAGGUUUCUUGAGUAUUACAACGGAGAUGACAACAAGUUGACGACCACACCGGAAACUCUCUUAGAAGAAGUCGAAGCUAGAUCGAAAGAACUUUCAGCUAAAAAAACAACCCCGCUGCUGGAUUUCCUGAAAACUAAACAAAGACUCCGAGAGGAAAGGAAAGAAGAAAGGAGGAGGAGGGAGCUUGAGCGCAAGCGCCUGCGCGACGAGGAGCGUCGCAAAUGGAGGGAAGAGGAGAGGAGGAAGCGCAAAGACGCAGAGAAAAUGAAAAGACUUGAGAAGCCAGUGGACAAAGACAAGGAAAGUGUCAAAGAAGAACCAAAAAUAAAGCUCUUGAAGAAACAAGAAAAAAGUGAGGAUGAUGAUGCUGAAAAGCCAAAGGAUAAAGCCAAGAAACCAGAGAAGGGGCAUAAAGAGGACAGGCCCUUUGGAAGUUUUGACCAGAGGAGACGCCAGAACAUUGAUAACAAGGAAGAUCGUGGGAAGAAGUGGGAUGAGGACGGACGGAAGGAGCCUCGAGAGCGGGACCUGGAUCGAGACAGAGAGCGGGAAAAAGAGCGGCGGCUCAGAGAAAAGGAGCGCCUUAAACGGCAGGACGAGGAAAGACGAAAACGGAGGGAAAGGCACGAUGGAGAGAGUUCAUUCCGGAAGCGUGAAGAGGAUUUCAGAAAGGAAAAAGCCUUUGAGAAAAAGAAAGACGAAAGCAUGGUGGAAUCUGUUCACUCCGAGAAGCCAGAGAAACCCCAAAAAGAAAACAAAAAGGAGGACAUGGGGAAAAAAGAGAGACUGCGGAACAAGGAUCGGCCUGCAAUUCAGCUGUACCAACCAGGAGCCAGGAGCCGCAAUCGCUUUGGCGCUGGAGGAGCCGAAUCCACUCCUGCUGACAAAAAAACGGAUAUUGACAACAAGAAAACGGUUGAGAAAGGAGAGGACUGAGCUCGCCUCUUCUGGUGGCAUUUGAGACCCGGUGAUGAAACAGGCCUCAGAGCCUCAGAGAGUUUUAGAGCCACGUGCACGGCUGCUGAAACAGAGCUGCAGCCGGCUGGCAGAGUCUCUGGGACAGAAAGCAGAACCUCUCAGUGCCUAAAUGUGGCCCUCUUUAGUUUUCUGUUCUUAGAAGAGGCAAAAGGAGCAUUUUGAGAGAGUUUAACUGUCGGGCACAUUCAUUCAGUGAUGCAUAGGUCUUUUAAGCCUAUGCGGUCUUAAAGUGACCUUAUUUCAGGGUUUCUGAUAAUAAAAAACGUUCAAACUGCAAACAAGCUUUCAGGGUUAUUAGAAAAUCAAAAUAUAAAGUGCAACUUCAGUGUUUUUCAAAUGUCAGUAUGGCAAAGUUCUACACUAAAGAUUCCACACGUUGGUCAUUACUACAGCGCAAAUUUGAGUUUUCAUGAUCAAAUGACUCAUUUCUCCUUUGUCAAAGAUAUCCUCAUCUUUUUCAUGAUCUGUCACUCCACUCAGGUCAAAGUCUAUGAUAGAAAAGUUUGAAUUUGCAGGUUUGAGGUGUGGCAAGGAUAAUCAGAAGUGAUCAUCUUGUGGCCUUUCCCCAUUUCUGACACCCUUUAAGCAUUUAUGUAGAUGCACUGCACCAGGUUGAGCAUGAAAACAUAUCAAUGACUUCUUUUGACAGAAAAUAAAAGCUCUUUGACUAAAUA